AGAACUAAUCGUUUUUGUUACGUGAAGGGGCUACGCUGGCCAUGUGUUAUACGCCUUACCUUACACCCCACACAUCCAAACUCGUGAACGGAUAUGAUGGCCAUUCAAUGUACGCCUUACCCUAACUCUUUACUCUUAAAGCCUACCGUUCCAGCCAUGUAAAAGGAAUAAGAUGGCCAUGUAAUGUACGCCUUACCUAAACCCUAUACCCUAAAAUCCCACCCGUCCAGCCUUGUUAGAGGAAUAAGAUGGUCAUGUAGUGUCCAAGCGCCCGACCUUAACCCUAUAUUCUAUAUAUCCCACCCUUCCAGUCAUGUAAGAGUAAUAAGAUGACCAUGUAAUGUUCGCCUUAUCUUAACCCUAUACUCUAAUAUCCCACCCUUCCAGCCUUGUAAGAGGAAUAAGGUGGCCGUUCAAUGUACGCCUUACUAAUAUCCCACCCUUGUUUCUCAAUCUAAAAACUCGUCGCACUCAAAAAUCAUGGAAAUCAGCGAAAUCUAAAUUUCUUGUUGUCAUGAUGAUGUAAACAUAACGAUAUAAAUGGAUCAUUUACUGCCAAAAAGAUUAAUUUAGCUCAUCAUCUGUUGCGCCAUAAAAAAAUAAUAUUUUUUAUAAGAAGAACAACAAAGAUAAUAGGAGACAAAGCAGCUGAGUACUUACUCAUCGAAUUUGUAGAAGAACAAAGAUAAUAGGAGACAAAGCAGCUGAGUUACUUACUCAUCGAAUUUGUAGUUACACGUUAAUUUUCACUUGUGAAAACUACUGACUGAAAUCUCUCAUCAGCUGUCAUUCACGCGAUCAAACGUUGACAAUUCUCAUCAACUGUGAUCUCGAAUUUGAACAUGUUCAAGAUGAAUGAGUCUUUGUGGGAGUGCAGCCACAGUGCGCGGUCAAACGGUCAAGAAAGUUGGAACACUCGUCGACUAUCAUGCACUCGCACUCUUAUAUGCGCUGGAUCAAGGCUUGAGAUAUAAAGAUAACAGAACUUUACGUGUUGUGCGUAAUAUGAUCUGUUAACCGCACAGCUGUCUUGCCCGUUAGAUUUGGCGUGCAACAUUGCGAGAUAACUUAGUUAUACAUAGUUUUCCAUCCUUUGAUUUUAAGGGAAUUUGGCUAGUAAAUUAAAAUUGAAAAAUAGAAUUUGAGGAGAUCAUUGUAUAUGUCAUUGUAAACGUCAGAAAAAACCAUGUGGGAGUAAUAAAAAACAGAAUAAAUUAUUAUUUUGAAAAAGCGGAGGUAAAUAAAAAAGUAGAAAUUAAGGCGGUUUAAAGUGGCACAAUUUGCUCUUAUGGUUUUCAUUAAGGAUAGUAAACGAGCAUUAAAUGAGAGAAAUCGACUUAUUAAAUAUGGUUCUACUUCCUAGCUAAUAGUGUGGGACCGCAAAGCACUCUGGUAUUAAGAUGACUAACAGAUGUUCACUGCUUGACUGAGUCCCCAUUAUAAAAGGGGUAUGUAAUAGGUGCCUGCUUUCUUCAACGCAAGCCCCUGCCACGAAGUCGAUAAAGACGUAUAGAUUAUUGGCUUGUCUACCCUGUUGCAAUGUCGAACAGAACCACAGAACGUAGCGUUUGGGCAGCGCCAGUUUUGAUGGGUCAAUCUCUCCUCAUCGUCGCCGUCAACAUAAUCGCACUCAUUGUGUUUUCCAGAAAAGAGUUUAUCGUUAAGAAGUCGAACUAUCUGCUGAUGAAUCUAUGCGUCUGUGACAUGCUAGUUGGAGUAUGGGUUUUCGUAUAUUACUUAGACGAGCUUAACUAUGAUACGAAUUGGGCGUUGUAUAAGGCUAAUCUUGGUAGCCUUACAGACUCAAUGGUUCCCUUGUGCUUCUAUAUGUCAAUGUUUUCCCUCGCUGGUAUCGCUGCAGAGCGCGCCUUUGCGGUGUUUAUACCAUUCAAGCAUCGCUUUCUAGACCGUCGAUAUUAUUUUAUAAGCAUAGCCGUUAUUUGGUUUCUGGGGAUCGCUGUCGAAGCACCAGUGAUCCUUUCCAAACUAAGUUUCAUUUAUAUGCAACAGUCUGACUUGGAUAACCUAGCGAAACUCUUACGAGUGAUAUCGGGAUUCUCUUCGUUCGGAAUCUUGGUUUGUUGCUAUUCGGCGGUUUUGUUCCAUAGGCGGUUUGGGCGCCGCGUGCGAGGCAACAAAAGUCUUUUCGCAAAGGACAACGCCCGGCUAACAAGGACCGUUCUAAUAGUGACCGUUGUCUCGUUCUUAUGCCUCUGUCCACUCGGGGGCUUCUAUAUCUAUGUCGCUACGUGCACCCGUAGCUGCAUAACAGGCAGGGCGGUCCAAGAUCCUCUUGUGGUUAUCCUGUACUUCAACUCCUUUCUUAACGUGGUAGUCUACGCUUACCGCAUGUCUAAGUUCAGAAAAGCUCUGAGGCACAUGUUCUGCAAGUGUUUGGUAACGCAUUCAAUGAGGGUUUUAACUGCAUCGAGAAAUAAUGUCAGCAUUAUCUCAAAGCCAGCCUCUUGUGCUAAGAUUGAAAUGGUAGACAUAUCUGCAAGUGUUAGCUAUGGCGGACUACAAUGUACAAAUGGUAGAGUGUUAGAAACCUGCGGUAACAAUGGUGCAAAUGGUAAACUGUUACACAUGCCGUCUGCACAUCUAAACUAUGCUGGGCCACAAUUUUCAAAUGGCUGAAUGCUAGAAUAGUCUUUUUUUUCUGUGAUAGAAAUAGUGGGCUUCAUAGAGGAAUUGUCAACUACAGUAGAACCUUUUGGUAUAUUAUAUUAUGUGAUCUCUUUAACUUACAUUUGAUUCAAAUUAGAUUUGUCCUAGGAAAAAAAUAGAUUGUAUAACAUUGGUCUUAAAUUUUGUUUUAUUUGUUUACAUAUAGAGAACCCUUGUUUAAACCAUUAAACACCGAGAUAACAUCUCCUAAUUAAUCGAUACAGAUCUGACGCAGCUUCGAAUAGUAAAUAACGACAGAUUAUCUAAAGUAUUUUUGACGGAAUUAAACAUUUUUUUAUAAUAAAAACAUUUAGAUGUUUUUUUUUUCGAGCGUAAAAUGGCCUAUGUUUUACAGAGACUUGUUCAUUAACCGUUUUCCAAUUUCCUGAAAUUAUGAAAGAAUUCUCAUGACGCUUGCUGUGUUUAUGAUAAUUCAGUCCUUAUUCACAUUUAUAAAAUUAGACCUUAUCCUACGACGCAUAUCCAUUCAGACAAUAUGUCUAUGUGACAGCCUAUGUAAGGUACCUGAUCUUGUAAAUAGAAAAAUAAAAAUAUUUGCGGGCAAAGGCUUUACUGCUAAACCUUUACCUGCCUUCGCAUAAAGCUCAUGCUUAUGGCGACAGGGUCAAGUAUUUCCAGCAUCUCAGCAUGACCUCUAAAGAAUUAAAAGCAGUGCCGCUUUUAUAUGUCAAGCAACUGUUCAUAAGCGUGCAGACAAUUUUUCGAACGAUUGCUCAUCAACGUACAGCUCCGUUUUGCCAGCUUUGGCAUAAAACGUUCUUAUAUGCUAUUUUUCAGGGACAAGUAUUCCCAGCAUGAACUCUAAAUAAUUAAAAGCAGUGCCGCUUUUAUAUGUCGAGCAACUGUUCAUAAGCGUGCAGCUCAUACGAACGUCUACUCAUCAACGUACAGCUCCGUUUUGCAAGCUUUGGGUAGUUUCUUGGUGUUACGGAGCACCAGCACCAAAAACACAAUAAAACAAAAGCCAAAAACAAAGACCUUAGAACGAGACAAUGAGAUAGAGUACAAAGGCCUUAAGCACCAAAAACAAAGCUCUCCGUAACACCAAGGAAUACCCCAGCUUUUGUCACAAAACGUUCUUAUGAUAAUAUUGUUCAGGGACAAGUAUUCCCAGCAUGAGCUCUAAAUAAUUUAAAGAAGUACCUACUUUAAAGAAGUACCUAUAUCUCUAGCAACCGCUCCAAAAAGGAGCCCAGUUCUGGUCAGACAGCCGUAACAUCAAGCGCUGCUUGUAGUAUUUACUGUUUAUCCUUUUUUGCAUACCUUAUCGGAUGUUAUUACACGGACAUCUUUUGGAACGAUCAUGUUAAGGUCGUUCUUUGCUAUAUUCUUUCGAUAAACCCUAAAAUAUUAAAAUUUGCUCGGUAGAUUCAAGGCUGUAAGGUCAGUAAACAGCUGUGUCACCAAAACAGUUAGAGCGCGCCUCCUUUACUAAGAAAUUUUGUAAUUAGACUUAGGACCGUUCCUUUAAAUUACAAACGUUUAGCUUUCUCAAACUUGAAAGUAAAAAAGCCAUAAUGUAUAAAUUUCCAAAUAUCUAAAGCAGUAUGUUAGCGAGCAGCACUUGUAAUCACAAAAAAAGGAGAUCAAAGUCACCGAGAGCUACACGAGAAUGGAGUGAAAGAUUGUGCGCCUCGCGUAUGUUUCUUUUUACCUUUGCGCAGCGCAUAAUCCAAAAUAGUUUCCAAAAAAGACACACAUGCAAAGCAUAUGACUAUCCUACCUGUAGGCUUUGAUUUUUUUUUUCGUUUGCUGGAUAUCUGGAAGCCUUGACCAUUUUACAAUCCUUUUCUAUGACACACUUGGGUAUUAGUAGCGGAGCCGGCGCGGCCGCGCGCGAAGCUCCAUAAGUAUAAAGAAAUGGUAUAUAACUAUGCGACUCAGUUUUUUUGGUCAUUGCGCGCGUACCCUGUGGUGUCGCCCGCCUGCCCGUGGAGCCAGCACAAUUUGCAAUAACUUCGCCACCUCAGUGAAAUAAUUAUACAAUAAAAUAUUUUAGCACUAUCCGAGAAUGCUACAUACUUAAUAAAACCCCGAAAGUUGCAUCAAUACUUACAAUUAUUUAGUUUUUAUAGUGUUUUUGUAUUUACACUCACGGGAACCCUGCGUCUAAUUUUUCCCGCGUUUUGUUCUUCUAACUCGCGGCCGACACCGUGAAUUGAUAAAGUUUUUGCAUUAUUUUCGUCGUGGCUAAAGCCAAGAAAGAAAUUCGACACAUCUUAACACUUUUAUAAUAAAAAGACGUACAAACGAUGGAUGGAAGGACAAAGGAUGGGUUUGGAAAAAGAAGGCGAAUCCCAACUCAAGCAAGCUGCCAGCUUUAAAGGCAUGAUGCUAGGGCAGGAUGUAUCCAUUAAUACAGCUAAGUAACAAAAAGAUAGAGAAUAGUUACAAAUGAAAACUUGUUAUAAAAAAAUGAACCAGGCUAAUAAAAUAAAAGUAGUCAGAAACUUUGAAAACAAGUUAGAGUGGUUUAUUUCAUUCACCCUUUGAAAAAGUUGCUGGUACAAAACACUGACCAACAUUGGCCCUUAUAAAGAAGAGAAUAGUUACAAAUGAAAACUUGUUAUAAAAAAAUGAACCAGGCUAAUAAAAUAAAAGUAGUCAGAAACUUUGAAAACAAGUUAGAGUGGUUUAUUUCAUUCACCCUUUGAAAAAGUUGCUGGUACAAAACACUGACCAACAUUGGCCCUUAUUGCAAAUGGACUAAAUGGGUUUUCUAAUAAAAAAAUAUAUAUAUUUUCAAUUUGAACUAAUUAACUGCACAGGGUUUUGUGAGCAAUCUACUUUUCAAAUAGCUGAUAUGAAUACAGCUCGAUACUUAGGACCUGAGAUGAAAUUUGCAAAAAUCAACAGCAAUGCACCAUUUGACCUUUCAUGCAAUUAUUUCAAAGAUAAUUUAGCACUGUACAUGGAAGUGAUGUGAAAUGAAAAUAUAGCUACCUUUUUUUUAACAAACUGCAUCUUUUUGUAAUGCCAAACAAAACCCUAUUUUAUGUUUUAACACAAAAAUACCAGGUGUACAUAUCCUUGAAACCAUGAUGCUUCAAUAUUGAGGUCUAGUGGGUCCAUGGACCUCCUCAUCAAGGGUCAGUGUGUUGUACGAUCCACCCAAGACCCAAGUGUCAAUUCAAAGAGUAUUAGCCAAAAAAAACAGUAAAGAAGGUUGAUAAAACUGUUUAUCCAAUAUUUGUAAUUUCUACCAAAUAACUUUUAUUAACCUUCAACUGAGAGAAAAUUAUAAAAAUAAAAAAAAUCUAGUAGUAGUGUAAUGUGAAAGGAAAAAAGGGAAUUUGGACAGUGUAGGCAAGUAUGGAGCACAUUUACUGUCAAAAACGAAAUGCUAAUGUAUAGAAACGCUGAUAUGGUUUUAAAUGUUAAAGAGAAUAAAAAAGCACCCAUUUUACAGUAAAAAA